AUGCAGCGCGCUCAAACGAGCGGCGCGGGCACGCAGCCGCCCAGCUCCACGCGGCAUUACCGCGCGCACUCGCAUUACCCAGAUAUAGACGAUCAGAUCCCAGCAUCGGUGAUUAGUAGUGUGGGAACAGUGAGUUUGUCACAAUCAAGUACGAAUCCAACUCCAAAUAUUACAAUGGCUAACCCGACUACACCUAAUACCAACGGUGGUCAACCUGCUCAACAAACUCCAACGCAGGCACCGAUCCGCAAUUUGCCGAAGAAACGGAAAUUGGCGCCAUCUGAACUAGAGGAGAUAGAGAGGAAUUGUAUGAACAGCCUUACUGAAAGAAAUCUAAAUGUCCAAGUGUCAGCUCCGUCAGUUGAAUACACGCCUUCAACGUAUCAGUCUAUUCUCCAACCUUCGCCGAUCGUGCGAUCGUCACCGAUAAAACAAACAGAAUACAUCUCUUAUCCAAACAUAGACUUAUCCGAGUGGCGGGAUCACAGAGUCUUAGCGAAACAGCGCGGAAUUUACACGCCGGGGGUCAUUCGACAGGCUGAGGGUUGUAAAGUGAUAGUGGAAUUGGAUGGACAGGAAAAUGAAGCGAUUGAAUAUGGUAAUGUGUUUGGUGCAAAUAAGUAUGACGUUAUCAGUGAUGCGAGUCCACAAUUGAGUCACAUAUCUAUUGGGUCUUCGUGUGUCGUUAGGACUGAUGCUAGUCGGGACAGUGUUCAAAACGUGUUUGUAGAAGGUUACGUGUUCGAAAUACAUAAUUCGCCUAUCAGGAUUCGAGUACAGGUCAUUGACGGUGAAGGUAUAAAGGACACGGUUGAAGUGAAAAGAGCGGAUAUCCGUCUACUGCAGCCUCCCUGGGCUGACGAGUUAGAAGACGCUGGUUCGCACGCGGCCAUGAUGCCCCAGCAUUUGCGGAUACAUCCCGUUUCUACCUGUGUACCGUACUCCAUGGGCGCUGGGGAGUUUGUGACGUCAUCACCUUUAGCUGGUGCAGGGCAAGUGGUGACAGUUGGUGCCCUCUCAAAUGGUUCCAGGCCAUUUGAUGAUUAUGGAGAAAGUGAUGAUGACCUGCCAAGGGAGGAUAUCAUGUUUCCUACUGAUGCCUCGCAUAUGGAUUGCAGCAAUAGUAAACGCAGCAGUCUCCAAAGCCGAGGAAGUACAUCGAGUCUCAUUGAAGGGAGUCUUACUCCGCGAUCUCAACCGCCUACACCCAGAUCUCAAGCAGCAACGCCACACAAGUACAAAAAGGGCGACGUUGUAUCCACACCCACUGGUAUUCGUAAGAAGUUUAACGGGAAGCAGUGGAGGCGGCUUUGUUCAAAGGACGGCUGCACAAAGGAGAGUCAGCGCCGCGGCUUUUGUUCCCGCCAUCUAUCAUUGCGAGGUGUACCUAGGUCCUCCAACACGCCGCUGGCGCAGGGAGCAACACAUACGCCCCAACAGAGAAGCAGCAGUAAAUCAUUGUCGUCAAGUGGUACCGGGAUCGAAGGGGAUGAAACUUCUCGUGAGUCAGACACAACUCCACCUAACUAUCGCGUUGCGGGGCGCUUUGAUCCCGACGAAACCGAGGCUGCUAAUAUGCUGGUUUCCCUGGGCAGCUCUCGCUCCGGCAGUCCGGGAGCGUCACCAGUAGGCGAUAACGUUUUCGUCCCCAUUUCCUCACCACAACCGCCUGCAGCGCCGCCACACCAUCUUAUACGGCCCGAGUUGGUGCGUCCAGGCAGAAUGAGUUCGCCAGCCGGUAUUGCUACUAGUGUUAUCAGACUAUCUCCAGCCCCUACUUACCAUUAUCAAUAUCAGGAGCGGAAUGGCCCAAUUCAAUCCACCCAAUCGAAUAUAAUAAGUAUACAGUCAUCCGGGAUCAAUAUACCCAGCAGUAUACAGUCAAACUUCACACCGCCCCUGAAUUCGACCCCGAAUCACUCCAUUUCCAUUAGUAUGAACCAAAGUUUGUCAAAUAUAAGAAAAGAUGAACCACACAAUUUGGUCUUGCAAAGAAGUAUUCCGGCAAAUGGCAUGGAUAUAGACAUGUAUCGGGGUCAACAUUUGAGGAAUGGAUUGCAUGAUAUUCAGUAUCGACGCGAAGAGAUGACGUCACCGGGUAACCAUGAAAAUUUUCAGAAUAGACGAGUCUCGGAGUAUGACGACGACGACCACUCCGUCCCACAAACGGAUGGUCACCGUGCUGACCCACGUCCCAUAGAACUCUCCGAGGCUCGAAUGGACGAGAAGAGAAUUGUCAAACCGGCCCCUUUACAGGCGCGUCUCGUGUCCCUUUUGGACACAGAUUCAAGGGAUUCGGUGAAACGUUACUACGUGAUACCACAGAAUAGUAUCGAAAAGAAAAUCGUGCUGAUUAAGAACGAGCCGACGGAAACUAUGCAAAUAGAUCACAAAGCGCAUCAGCUAGCAAUGCCGCUUAACGAGCCCGAGUCCGAACCAAGGGGACUAGACAAUGGCGACCAUGUAAAUAAUGUGAAUAGUAGUGCAGUUAUCGUCCACCCCAGUCAGCUGUUACCCGUAUUACCAGCACCUAACCCUCACACAGCUAUCAUUGUAUCCACAAGCGGCGUCAAUGGCAGCGUGUUUCCCUGGCAGUCCCUAGUGCCCUUACUGCGUGCGGCGUCUCCUCCUGCCGCGGCGCCCGCUCAACCCCCUUCGCCUCGUACACCCCGCACACCGCAUACACCCCAUACCCCACAUACACCGCACACGCCGCAUAUUAAGAGUGAGGAAAUCAAGGCUGAGAGUAACGUUACAGAUACCGUAACAUCGAUGUGUACAGACGAAGACGAUGAAGUAUUUGAAUGCGAAGACAAUACUCCGAAUUGUGGUGAUAAUACUAACAAUCGCCGAACGCAGAGCCUUUCCUCUCUCAGUCAGCCUGGAGGGCCAGAAAAGAAAGAACGUCGCAUCCGCCGUCCGAUGAACGCGUUUAUGAUAUUCUCUAAACGGCAUCGCCAGGUGGUCCAUCAAUUACAUCCCAAUCAGGACAAUCGUACUGUUAGCAAGAUUUUGGGAGAAUGGUGGUAUGCCCUCAAACCUGAUGAGAAGCAGAAGUAUAAUGAACUCGCUAGUGAGGUUAAGGAAGCACAUUUCAAAGCACACCCUGAAUGGAAGUGGUGUAACAAAGAUCGUCGUAAAUCUUCAAGCAGCAGGGAUCCCACGGGUUCUAUGCCACAGAGUCCUCGAACGCCGUCUGAUGUGAUGACCAGCGGUUUGCCGACUAGUGGACCUGAAAUUACUAUGAAUACUAACUCAUACACUCACAUCGCUUCGCCUCAACUAAGCGACGAUGAACCUAUGGUAACCCAGAACAACGAAGAGCCUCCACAAGCCGGUGGAAAUGAGAUGGACCUAAAGUGCGGAGAGAAAGUCAACGAUUCAGACUCUGAGGGCAUCGAGGCGAGAGAAUAUUUGACGCAUCAUGACCACACAAGGCGGCCUAAGGCCAUCAAGGCUAGAGCUGGAUCAUCUGAUAAUCUACUGGGUAUAACAGCUUCGAGUCCUGGCGGGUCCAAGGUAUUUCAGCCCACGGGAGGUGCAUUUAAGUCUACACAUGCUGAUAGUGGAGAUAACCACAGACAAUGGACAGCAUUCACAGCCGUAAAAUCCACUCUACCAGUGCCAAGUUCGCCUCACACAAGCACACAGAACAUCACUAACAGUGUUCAAGGGAUUUCUCUAAACACACCCAAUAUAUCGACACAAACAGCACUAGAUAACGCAAUUGCGUCGAUAAUUAACAGUCCAUCGGCCAGUAGUGGUGUGCAAGUAAUAUCGACUGGAAUGUCUAAUCCGACGAUGUCGACAAGUGCCUUGAAUAACGCACUGUUGAAGAGUGUCACGCUGGUUAAUCGGAAUUUCAGUGAUAAUAAACCUACAGGACCAAUAACGCUGUCGGUGGAUGCAUCAGGCAACUUGUUUAUAAAGACAAGCCAACCCAGUGAGCCAGCCAAUGAGCCAAACAGACUUCACUACGUGCAGUUACAAAGGCUUUACGUACCUUCAUUUACUACUGAAGUGGAAUCAAAUCAGAAUCAGACGCAAACCCAAACAGUCCAGAGUGCUCCUCCAUCUGUUAUAGUGUCACAGAGCAAUAACAACGUUAACAAUAACAUUGUGAACAACAACGCACCACAGAGCAAACCAACUGAAUGGGAUAAUGUGGAGGAAACUCGUCCUUUCCCUCUCGCACCUACUCCAGCGCAAUUGGGACGCGCGCCGUUACAAAAGAGACUCAGUCGAGGCACUUCAACGGGUUCAACAGGUAGCGUCGACCAGAGUGUACCGCGGUCAGAGAGUAACACCACCCCCUUUGAUACACAAGAGCUGAUACAAUCGCCCAAGAAACUCGAGAACCUGCCAAGUCCAUUGCUGAAGAAAACACUGUUUAAGAAAGGCAAUGAGGAUGGAAGGGAUAAGGUGCUAGAGACAGUUAACUUUGAAGCCAAGUUCAGUACGUUACCACAGUUCAAACCCGAUGCCUGCAGUCCCAGUGGUAUGGUUGUACCGCGAAGUCCACAGCUAUAUCUCAGAAAGAAACAUAAAAUGGAUGACGAGACAACCGUAGUGACUCCUCAAAUAGAAGCGGAGGUGCUUAAUGGCAAUGGAAUCCCGACUCCCCAUUCGUACGGCACGCCACACACCACCACUAAACUAGUGGGGAAUACUUUCUUCGGGCCCGACUUCAACAUUGACACUUUUAGAGUGUCAGAGAGCAUGGAAGAAAUGUCUCCCCGUACACCGUGUUCGGCACCUGGAUCUGCUGCGUGUUCGGGUGCGAGAGGAGAAGCUGGACACAGAAGAGUAUUGGAACAGAGGCGACAUCUAGUGCUCAAACUGUUUCAGGAACACGGCAUGUUCCCUACUACGCAGGCCACUACUAGUUUUCAGGCGGCCCACACAGACAUAUUCCCGACCAAGAUGUCCUUGCAGUUAAAGAUUCGCGAAGUGCGACAGAAACUGAUGGCCCAGUCAAAUCUCACUCCACACUCGGACGUCAACACGCCUACUAACAUAAACUCUCCGCUCGUAUCCAGCACUUUGCAGCCGACGUCAACGGCCAGUUAG